AUGAAGGGGAAUAUUAAGUCCCUUAUAUUUACUAAAAUUCUUGCAUUCUCCGCUUUAAUUUGGAUAUGCCUUUAUAGCAAUAAGUGUAAUUUUGGUAUAUCUAUGGAAAAAAAUUAUACACUAGAUGGCUAUUCAUGUUUAGCAAUUAAUAGACUAUUAUCAGAGUGCUCAUUAAAUGUAAUGUCAACUGGAUAUAUGUCAAAUGAAAAUAGUAAAAAUGAAUUAAUAACUAAAAAGAAAAAUAUAUCUAUGAAUUGCGAAGAUCCUAAAAUACAAAGAAAAAUAAUAAAAGAUAUUUUAUUAAAAUCAGAGGAAAGGAAUAGAUUACAUAAGAAAAAAAAAUCUUCUUUACUUAAUAAAAUAGAAACAUAUUUUGAAAAACGAAUACUGAAUCAAUUAGUUUCAAUAGAUGAAAUUAAAUAUAACACGGACGUUCAUAAAAAGACUGCAGGAAUGAUACGUAAAAACGGUUCUCCAAAAAUUAAUAUAUUGUAUUUAGUUAUAUUGAUAGGAUUAUUAUUUGAAAUAUUUGUUAUUUUGUAUACAGAAUUAACAAAAAAUAAAAUAGCAGCAUUAAAUGCAAGUGCAAUGGUAGUUUCAUUCAUUUUAGUAUUUGUAGUUGCCAUAACUGUAUUAUGUAUUAAUUAUAUUUUUAAAAAGAUUGAAGAAUAUAAUAUAAAAAAAGCAAAUAAUCUUAGAAUUUGUUAUAAUAUUGUUAAUUCCUCUAGUAGGAGUAACUUUUAUUAUGAUAUAUGA